UCUCUCUCUCUCCAUCUCUCCUCCCCUCUUCUACCUCUUCCCUCCCCUUCCUCUUCCUUCCCCCCCGCACAGUUCGAUGCCAUCGGUGCUCGGGUCUGCCGUGAGUUCUCAGUGCGGGGCGACAGCGCUGGUGAACAUGGCGUCAGACGGGAUGAUUUUAACAAACCACGACCACCAAAUCCGGGUCGGCGUCCUCACAGUGAGUGAUAGCUGUUUUCGGAACCUUGCCGAAGACCGAAGUGGGAUCAAUCUCAAAGACCUCGUGCAUGACCCAUCUCUGCUGGGAGGAACAAUCUCAGCGUAUAAAAUCGUCCCUGAUGAGAUUGACGAGAUUAAGGAAACCCUGGUGGACUGGUGCGAUGAGAAAGAGCUGAAUCUCAUCUUGACCACCGGGGGCACCGGCUUCGCCCCGCGAGACGUCACUCCUGAGGCCACUAAAGACGUGAUCGAGCGUGAGGCCCCAGGCAUGUCUCUGGCCAUGCUGAUGGGUUCGCUCAAUGUCACUCCACUGGGCAUGCUGUCCAGACCAGUGUGUGGUAUCCGCGGGAAAACACUCAUCAUCAACUUACCUGGGAGCAAGAAGGGCUCACAGGAGUGCUUCCACUUCAUCCUGCCGGCGCUGCCCCACGCCAUCGACCUGCUGCGGGACGCGGUGGUGAAGAUGAAGGAGGUGCCCAACGAGCUGGAGGACCUGCCGUCGCCCCCGCCGCCCCUCUCGCCCCCGCCCGGCGGCUCCCCCCUGAAGCAGACGGAGGACAAGGGCGUCCAGUGCGAGGAUGAUGACGAGGAGAAGAAGGACAGCGGCAUCGCGUCCACCGAGGACAGCUCCUCCUCCCACAUCACUGCCGCCUCCAUCGCUGCCAAGAUCCCUGACUCCAUCAUCUCCCGGGGCGUGCAGGUGUUGCCACGGGAUACGGCCUCGCUGAGCACCACGCCCUCUGAGUCGCCGCGGGCGCAGGCCACCCAGUCCCGCCUCUCCACUGCCUCUUGCCCCACCCCUAAGGCGCGGCUCCCCUCCUGUUCAUCCACCUUAAGCAUUGCUGAGGCCUCACGGCGAGAGUUCAGGGCUCACCUGGAUGAGGUCAUCACGCUCAAGUCCAGGUAUUCUACCUUGGACCAGCUCCAGUGUAGGUUGGAGGGGCUAAAAGAUGAUCGCCAUAGGAGCCAUAGGACCUUCAGCUCUCGAGUGCAAUCACGAUGCAGCAGCAAAGAGAAUAUUCUCAGAGCAAGUCACAGUGCUGUGGACAUCACCAAGGUGGCACGGAGACACCGCAUGUCCCCGUUCCCCCUCACCUCCAUGGACAAGGCCUUCAUCACUGUACUGGAGAUGACCGCUGUCCUGGGCACUGAGAUCAUCAAUUACAGAGGCCGGAACGAUGAUGGUUUGGGUCGGGUCCUGGCUCAGGACGUUUAUGCCAAAGACAACCUGCCUCCCUUCCCUGCCUCAGUGAAGGAUGGCUAUGCUGUGAGAGCGGCUGAUGGGCCUGGAGAUCGCUUUAUUAUUGGAGAGUCACAAGCUGGAGAGCAGCCCACCCACACGGUGAUGCCUGGGCAGGCCAUGCGUGUGACGACGGGCGCGCCUAUCCCCUGUGGUGCUGACGCCGUGGUGCAGGUGGAGGACACCGAGCUCCUGCGCGAGUCCGAGGACUCGCCCCAACAGUCAUCCCCGACGGCCGGCCAGUGGUGCCUGACCUCCAGCGAUGUCGGCACAGAGGAGCUGGAGGUCCGCAUCUUAGUGCAGGCACGUCCUGGACAGGAUAUCAGGCCCAUUGGACACGACAUCAAGCGCGGGGAGUGUGUACUGGCCAAGGGUACCCACAUGGGCCCCUCUGAGAUCGGCCUGCUGGCUACUGUGGGCGUCACCGAGGUGGAGGUGCACAAGUUCCCCGUGGUGGCCGUCAUGUCCACAGGCAAUGAGUUGUUGAACCCAGAGGAUGACCUGCACCCAGGGAAGAUCAGGGACAGUAACCGUUCCACCCUGCUAGCCACCAUCCAGGAGCAUGGAUACCCUACUAUCAACUUAGGAAUCGUCGGAGACAAUCCUGACGACCUCCUGAAUGCACUGAACGAGGGCAUCAGUCGUGCUGAUGUCAUCAUCACCUCAGGGGGUGUGUCCUUGGGAGAAAAGGACUAUCUGAAGCAGGUGCUGGACAUCGACCUGCACGCUCAGAUCCACUUCGGUCGGGUCUUCAUGAAACCAGGGCUACCCACAACAUUCGCGACUUUGGACAUGGAUGGUGCUCGUAAACUCAUAUUUGCUUUGCCAGCAGGUAACCCUGUUUCCGCGGUGGUGACCUGCAACCUGUUUGUGAUCCCCGCCCUGAGGAAGAUGCAGGGCAUCCUGGACCCCCGGCCCACCAUCAUCAAAGCCAGGCUGUCGUGCGAUGUGAAGCUGGACCCGCGCCCUGAGUACCACCGCUGCAUUCUCACAUGGCACCAUCAGGAACCACUGCCAUGGGCACAGAGCACAGGUAACCAGGUGAGCUGUAGACUGAUGAGCAUGCGUACUGCUAACGGCCUCCUGAUGCUACCUCCCAAGACAGAGCAAUACGUGGAGCUGCACAAGGGGGAGGUGGUGGACGUCAUGGUGAUAGGACGGCUAUGAUGUCAUCAAAGGGGGACGUUUUGUUGUCACUUGGCCCACACGGCCAGAAACUGAGGAGGAAGAAGAAGAGGAGGAGGAGGGGCCGGAUGCAAAUAGAGGGGAUGGUUCACGGUGCAUGUCCACAUAUCAUUGACUAUUCUGUAUUAUGCAAUGGCACAGCUAGUUUUUAUUGAUUUGGAAAACGUUGAAGUAUAGUCAACAUCUUGAUCACAAACUAGGUACAUUAUGAGGAAAAAGUAAUAAUAAUUUUAAAAAGAAUAUAGUAUUUCAGACAAAGAAAAAUAUAACUUUUAACGAAAAAAAAUCUAAUUAUAAAAAGAGAUUUAUUCUGUAAUAUAUUAUUAUAAUUAUUAUUAUUAUGAUUAUUCUUCUUAUUAUCAUUAUUCUUAUUAUAUUAAGGCAACUUUGUUCUUUUCAUUGCAAUUGCUUUGUGUGUUCAAUGCUAGACCUUAUCGAUAGCUGUAGCAUUUUAAUAGAAAGCUGUAGGUGCCUGCCAGGAAAAAAAAAAAACUAUAUAUCAUUUCCUCAUCUUUACUAUUUAAAGACAAAAAAACUACUUUUGUUUUUGAUUUUUGAGAAAACAGUUGAAACCACAACGAUUACAAACAAUCCCCCACUACAGCUGACUUGUAGGAAGUUGAAUCGAGGCGACUUCCUGUCUGCGCUGCUGUUUGAAUGGACACUUCUCGGUUGUUGGUUUUUUUUGUUUUUGUUUUCUCAACCCUCCCAUUCAUGUGCAUCAUAAUGGCUUCACAAAGAGCUUAGCUUGUUGUUUAUCGUGUGAGUCUUGUAUAUGUGCGCAGUGCCAAAAGCAAGGGCAGAGGAUCGGCUGCGUACCCAGACCACAUCGGACUCCGGGGCGGAAAGAGCCCCAGAUCUGGUUCAGACCCACGCCAGCACGGGCCAGAUUUGGACCGGAGCCGCCCCAGACUCGGGUCACUAUCUGGGUAGGAGCGGGGCGGACGGUGGAGUUGGGAUGGGAUGGGAUGUGAACGCAAGCCCUCACUGCCCGGAACCCCCAAGCUUCCUUAUUAUCACUUGACCCGGUGUAGCCCCAACCCCCCCCUAUUUCCCCAGGGGCUGCUGGGAAAAUAUCUCUUUUAUUUGAAAAAAAAGAAAAAAACUUUAAAGAAAAAAAAAUAGACAAAAAAGAAUAGAUAUAAAGAAAAAAAAGACAACAGCUUCUUUAAGUGCUGACAGCCUUUUUAACCAACUACACAAAAAUAUGUACAGUACAAAAGAGUGGAAACAAAGAAAUAAGAACCUUAUUGUACAGACAUAUGUGACCAGCAGUCCUGGAAGCCAGUGACCACGCAAUGAGGAGAUAUUCAACAACUCUGUACUAUAACAUUUUCUGUAAUGAUAUGAAACUGAUGAAAGAGACUAUGAUAAUAAAAUCCUUGAUCAUUAUUUAAAA